AUGGCGGCUGAGUCCAUAGGUGUGGACCCUCUGCCAGCCAAGCUGUCCUAUGACAAGUCGCAUGACCAAGUGUGGGUCCUGAGCUGGGGGGAUGUGCACAAGUCCCAACCAAGCCUUCAGGUGAUCACAGAAGCCAGCGCCAGCCAAGGUCAGCACCUCAUCCGCACACCCUUUGCAGGAGUGGAUGAUUUCUUCAUUCCCCCAACCAACCUCAUCAUCAACCACAUCAGGUUUGGCUUCAUCUUCAACAAGUCUGACCUUGCCAUCCACAAAGUGGACCUGGAAACGCUGAUGCUCCUCAAGACCAUUGGCUUGCAGCCCCACGGCUGUGUGCCCCAAGCCAUGGCACACAGCCACCUGGGCGGCUACUUCUUCAUCCAGUGCCAACAGAACAACUCUGCUUCCGCCACCCCACAGCUGCUUCUCGACAGUGUCACAGACUCCGUGGUUGGCCCCAACGGUGACAUAGCAGGCACCCCCCAUGCAUCUCCCGAUGGGCGUUUCAUAGUCAGCGCUGCUGCUGACAGCCCCAGGUUGCAUGUGCAGGAGAUCACCACGCGGGGGGAGGUCCAGACCUUGUACGACCUGAAAAUAAGCCCGGGCAUCUCAGACUUGGUGUUCCAGCGCUCCUUCACCAAAGGCAAUCAGUACAACAUCUACGCCGCUCUGCAGACGGGGCCGGACCUGCUGUUCCUGGAGCUGUCCACAGGGAGGGUGGGCAUGCUGAAGAACUUAAAGGAGCCACCCACGGGGCCUGCCCAGCCCUGGGGCAGACCCCGCAGAAUUGUGAGGGACAGUGGGCUGUUCGGACAGUUCCUCCUCACCCCAGCCCAAGAGUCGCUGUUCCUCAUCAAUGGCAGACAAAACACACUGCAGUGCGAGGUGUCAGGCAUCAAGGGAGGGACUAUAGUGGUGUGGGUGGGCGAGGUAUGAAGGAGCCCAGAGCAGAGCCCUGGCCAGGGAGCACCACCUAGUCCUGACACCACAGCCCCAAGAAGGCACGCUGUACAUUUUUACAGACAAAAGCAAAAACCUGUAUUCGCUUUGUGGUUCAACACUGGUCUCCUUGCAAGUUUCCUAGUAUAAGGUAUGCGCUGCUACCAAGAUUGGGGUUUUUUCAUUAGGAAGUAUGAUUUAUGCCUUGAGCUAUGAUGAGAACACAUGCUGCUGUGUAGAGGGAUCAUUUCUGGGCCUCGCUGCACACCCUGUUACCUGGGGACACUGUAGAGCCGAGAGGUCCUGCUUUCCAUGCUGACACUUCUGUCUGCUGCCUUCACAUAGUCUUCGUCCUUUUCUGCCAGAUCCAGCUGGACUUUGCCCUGAUGGGGGUCCUGGAAGCAGAAGCUGACCAUGAGCAGGGCUGUCCCUCCGGGCAUGUGAGCCCACUGCCCUUGCUCGAGACCUCAUGUUCUCCUUCACAGCUGCUGCUUGCUUUUCUUUCCACUUGACUUGUAAGCCUGAGGGAGAGCCAACAAGACUUAUUGCAUCUUGGGGGAUGGGGAAAUCACUCACUUUAUUUUGGAAACUUUUGAUUAAAAAAUACUUUUUUAUAAUCUCAAA